AUGAAUUCUGAAAUAAGCUUCUUAACUCCACCAGUCUUCAAUGGUGAGAAUUAUCAAGCUUGGGCAAUUAGAAUGACGGUUAAUCUUGAAACGCUGGAUCUCUGGAAAGCAGUAGAAGAGGAUUAUGAAGUAACUUCUCUCGGUGAUAAUCCAACAGUGAAUCAGAUGAAACAUUACAAGGAGAAUAAAACAAGGAAAGCCAAAGCUAAAGCUUGCCUUUUCUUUGCAGUAUCCCCUUCAAUUCUUACCAGAAUAAUGCAAAUGAAGUCUGCUGUAGAAAUUUGGGAAUAUCUCAAAAAGAAAUACCAAGAAAAUGAAAGAAUGCAGAAUAUGCAAGUGAUGAAUCUGAUUCUAGAUUUUGAAAUGAAGAGAAUGAAAGAAUCAGAAACUAUAAAAGACUAUGCAGACCAACUACUCGACUUGGCUAACAAGGUGAGAUUGUUCGGAAAGGAUUUUACUGAUGAAAGAAUUGUUCGAAAGAUUCUUGUUACACUUCCUGAUAAAUAUGAAGCCGCAAUUUCUUCUUUAGAGAAUUCUAAAGAUCUGUCAAGCGUUACCUUGGCAGAACUAGUUAAAGCUUUGCAGGCAUUAGAGAAAAGGGGAUUAAUGAGGAAAGAAGGUUUUGUUGAAGGUGCUUUUCAAGCUAAUUCACUGAACAACGAGUCAAACAAAGGAAGGAAAAAGAACAAGAAGCAGAGGCCAAGCAUUAAUUACAACAAUCAGGGAGGCAGUCAGCCUCCCUGCCCUCAUUGCAAAAAGACAAAUCACUCUCAACAGAAGUGUUGGUGGAGACCAGACGUCAAGUGCAACAAAUUUGGUCAAUUAGGCCAUGUGGAGAGGGUAUGCAAGUCACAACCGCAACAAGAAGAAGCUAAGGCUGCACUAAAUCAAUAUCAAGAAGAGCAAUUGUUUGUAGCAACUUGUUUUGCUAGCUAA